CGUCUUCAGAGCCAUCAGCCAUUGGCUCUGCCGGACAUGGUGGGAAGCUUCCAGCAGCUUCCUCCCAGGAGCUAUCUCUGUGGCCCCCUGCUAGCUAAAACCAGGCUGUGCCAAACCAAUACAGACUGCAUGAGGAAAACAGAUUUCUGUCUCACUCAUGUGUCUCUUGUGGCAAGGAGUUAAUGGCACGGUUUGUAUCCAACACAGUUGCUAUGAACUCCACCUCUCCAGGCAAGUUUGCCCAUAGAGUUUCUUGGAAUAUUAUGAAUUAUGGGCUGUUUAUCUUCCUGGUGAGUGUCCUUCACUCUCUGGAGAGAGUGAACAUGAUGGUCUGUAAACAUCAUUCCUUCAUAGGACAUACUUGUUUUGACCACACAUCCUUCCUGGAGCCUGCCAUAGAGAAGGCCAAAAGAAGGGGUGCCAGGUGAACCCAGUCUCCUUCAAAUCAGAGGCAGACACUGGGUCAACCCACAGAUGAUACAACAGUCUUGAAAAUAUGUUACUGAUACUGGAAAAAAACCCCUGAAAAUUAUCUAUAAAAUCUUUAUAACCUUUAUAUAACCUUUAUCAGAAACAGGAAAGUAGAUAACUCACUGAUGCACAAAAAAGGUUCUUUUUAGAAAAUAUCUCAAAAGUUAUAAGAAUGUGAUUUUCUCUCUUUAUUUGAUAAUGAAUUUUUUUCUGGCUGAAUUUGCAUUUUCAAAAACCCAAACCCCAAACAUUCUCACACCCAGUUUAUAAUUAUUUUUUUCUCUGAUUCAAAAUUAUUUUGGUUUUUAGAAAGAACAAUAAUCAAUGUCAUGUAUCAGUUUGGAUACAGAAAUUCAAAUAAUAUGGCAGUUUGAAUAGAGGUCGAGCUGUCCGUGUUUCCUGAAGAGCAAGAAUAAAGAUCGGUAACAGUCACAUGCAAAAGAAUUGUGUGGUAUUUUUAAAAGUAUGACACAUCUCAGUGACAAACACACCUUUCCUAAACUUAUUCCACCACUGAGUUUCUUGGCCAGGGAUGCAUGAAAAGCACUCCUGUGCCUGCCUGGUGCUUGUAUUGCCCACAUGGAGUGCUGAAAAGUGACAUCUCUUCAUGAGGGUGCAAGCCUGGAGCCCUUCCAAGCACGGGCUGUUCUGCACAAGCAAGAGCCCCUGGAGAAAUGGAGCCAAGGGAAGAGCAGAGCUCACUCACUCCUGCUGCAAACUUGUAAUGGGCAAGAGAGAUGGGGCAUGACUGGUGCUUUGGAAGUGCAAGGGAGAAUUGUUGUUGCUGGUAAUGCUGAGAUGCGUAUGAAAGUGUCUGGCCAAGUCACCAUCUAACACUAACACUGCUUUUUAAUAGUCCCUACAUGCCUGUAAGACAGCUGCCGGAAAGAAUUUAAGAUUUUUUUGUGCACCCACCUGAAGCCAUUUGAGAAUGCUGGUGUGAUGAAAUGGCUGAUUAUGUCAUUCAGAAAUUCUUCCUAUAUGGAUCAGCCUUCUAGUGAUGGUAAAACUGGAAGAAGACCACUCUAAGCAAACUCAGGAUGAAUCGGGUCCCAGCUGAUGCAGAAAAUGCUCACACUAGCAGCAUGGAAUCUUGUCCUUCCUUGCGGGAUGUCCACUCCAUCAACCCCACGCAUCUGAUGGCAAGGAUUGAGUCAUAUGAAGGCAGGGAGAAGAAAGGCAUAUCAGAUGUCAGAAGGACUUUCUGUUUGUUUGUUACAUUUGAUCUCUUAUUCAUAACCUUACUGUGGAUAAUAGAAUUAAAUGUAAAAGGAGGCAUUGAGACUACCUUAGAGAAAGAAGUCCUACAUUAUGACUACUCUUCUUCAUAUUUUGAUAUAUUUCUACUGGCAGUCUUUCGGUUUAAGGUGUUAAUACUGGCAUAUGCAAUGUGCAGACUGCGCCAUUGGUGGGCAAUAGCUUUUACAACAGCAGUGACCAGUGCCUUUUUAUUAGCAAAAGUAAUUAUUUCACAGCUGUUCUCACAGGGUGCUUUUGGCUAUGUGCUGCCCAUCAUAUCCUUCAUACUUGCCUGGAUUGAAACUUGGUUCCUGGACUUUAAAGUGUUACCACAAGAAGCUGAAGAAGAAAACAGGUUUUUGAUAGCACAGGAUGCUUCAGAACGAGCAGCUCUUCUUCACCCAGGAGUCCUCUCUGAUGGGCAGUUCUAUUCUCCUCCUGAGUCUGUAGCAGGUUCUGAUGAAGACUCUGAAGAAAAACAAGACAGUGAAAAACCAAUUGUAUAGCAAAUAUAAAAAAGCAG